ACGCUCUGCUCCUGAGGUGCCCGUAAGUCCCUUUUAAAAAGGCAGCUUCAUCUGAGGAAGCUGGGUGUCUCAUUCUUCCUUCCCCAAGUGAGUGUGCCUCUUUUUCUGUGGGCCCAUCCGUCAUCAGAACCAGUGUCCCCCACUGGAUCUGCAGUAAAAUUAAGCCUUGCCGUUUUUGGUGGAGACUGGGGUGAAGGGCGGGGCCACUGAAUUUCAAAGUGGAAUAAACAGAAAAGCAAUAUUAAAAGAAUGAGGAGGUUGUUUAGUGAGGCUUGAAAGGAGGACAGGUGUUUCCUCCCCUGUUGAGAAUCAGUGACCCCUGGGAAUUGCAUUUCCGUUGAGCAGGCGCUCAGGGCGGGCUAAGUCCUGCCAGUGUCCCGCUGGUGCACAACCCGGAACGAGCACCAGAGAAAACCUAGCAUUUUCCAGAGGGCCUUUCUGGCUCCUCAUUGUGUAAGGAGGUCCAGAGCUUAACAUAGUACUCGCCCCCUUUGCACGCAUACACACCCUCACCCUCAUCCUCACACUCACACACACACAAUACAUCACUCUCUAAGGCUGGGUACAAGUGGCCAUGGCUUUCUGUGCCGUGCGGUUGUCGGUCUCAGCUGGUUGGCUCUGUGUGCGAAGCACUCUGCAGCCGGUGGCCCUCGGAGGAUGCACACAGUGGGGUGACAGGCCGCACUGCUGUAAAAAACGCGCACCCGUGCCUGAGGUGGGAGGAUGUGAUGACGCGCCCCUACGCAGCGAGAGCUCAGGCCUUUAAAAAGCCGAGGAAACAGCCACAGAGCAAGCAGUGGUUCCACUGGAAGAAAGCAUACCCAGGUCUCACAUUAAAGAAGCCAAACUGUCUGCUUCAAAGAGAAAAGGCAACAUCCUGUCACAGGCCAUGCUCUGGCAGAAACCCACCCCUCCAGAGCAAGCCCCGGCCCCGCCUCGGCCGUAUCAGGGUGUCCGCGUGAAGGAGCCGGUGAAGGAACUGCUGAGGAGGAAGCGUGGCCACGCCAGCAGCGGAGCGGCUGUUGCACCAACUGCGGUGGUGCUGCCCCAUCAACCCCUGGCGACCUACACCACAGUGGGUCCUCCCUGCCUUGACAUGGAGGUCUCUGCAUCCGCAGUGACGGAGGAGGGGGCUCUGUGUGCCAGCUGGCUCUCCCAACCUACCCCGGCCACCCUCCAGCCCUUGACCCCAUGGACACCUUACACUGAGUAUGUGUCCCAUGAUGCCGUCAGCUGCCCCUACUCAGCCGACAUGUAUGUACAGCCUGUGUGCCCCAGCUACACGGUUGUGGGGCCCUCAUCGGUGCUGACCUAUGCCUCCCCACCGCUCAUCACUAACGUCACGACGAGAAGCGCUGCCACGCCCACCAUGGGGCCUCAGCUGGAGGGUCCAGAGCACCAGGCACCUCUCACUUAUUUCCCAUGGCCUCAACCCCUUUCCACGCUGCCCACCUCUACCCUGCAAUACCAGCCUCCAGCUCCAGCGCUGCCUGGACCCCAGUUUGUCCAGCUCCCCAUCUCUCUCCCUGAGCCGGUCCUUCAGGACAUGGAUGACCCCAGGAGGGCCAUCAGUUCCCUGACCAUCGACAAGCUGCUUUUGGAGGAAGAGGAUAGCAACGCCUACGAGCUCAACCAUACCCUCUCUGUGGAAGGCUUCUAGGGCUGGCUUCAACCUAAGAGUCCAAGCCCCUGCAACUGGGAUUUCAAAAUGAGCCUGGGAUGUGAGCCUAGAUUCAUACCUGUUUGGAGUAGCCAUUUCUUUUUACCCAAAAUUAGAAUUGUAGCCCUCCCUGUGUUUUUCCUUCCCCUUUUCCUUCCUUUUUCCCCUCCCUUCUGCCCCCCCAUUUUUUUCCCCUAUAGGGAUAUUGGAAUAAUAUUUUAUGCCACAUGUCACCAGGGCUGUGGCCUAGACAGUCCCAUUUCUUUUUUUAUUUUUUUGUUUUUUCUCCGGUACCAGGAACCGAACUCACGACCUUGCGCUUGCCAGGCAGGCGCUUUGCCGCUGAGCUAAAUCCCCAGCCUCCAACAGUCCCAUUUCUGUGCAGUGUUAUUCUUUGGAGAAGACUCCCUAUCUCCCAUGCCCACUGCUUCUGCUAGCGGCAGCAUGGUGUGUCUGUCCUAGGGCCAGGUACUCCUUCUGUCAUUUUGAGGUGUAUGAGGUGCCUGCAGGGAGCCCGUCCCUGCCAGCACCUCCCAGGUGAGGCAGCCAAGGGAGGACCUGAUGCCAGAGUCCUCGAGCUGUCAGUUCUCACAGUUGCUCUUUUGUUUGCUGUUCUCAGCCUUAUCCAGAUUUAGGGCCGAUCUAGGCAGCAAAGGCUGAAGGGCUGGGGCUCAGUGUAGUGUGACAGGGAGGGGUGGGAAGGGAACAUCAGGGUGGGUAGGGUGAGUCAGGGACAGAAGGGGACAGAGUGGGGAUGAGAACACAGGUCUGCCUGUGUGUGGUUGGGGGGGUGGGAUAGAGAGUGGAGUUCGGGUUUUAUGAAAGAGGAGAAAGGCAGAGGAAUGACUUAGCUCCAGGUUACUUGGUUACUCAGGACAACAAACUCAGGGGAAACAGGGCUUAAAAGGUGCGCUCUGGGCUGUUGAGAAACUUGCAGGGAAAGCUGAGCUGUAGUAAACAGGAUGAAUGAUGUGUUUGGCUGUUUUUGUCUCUCUCUCUCGAGAUGCUCUUUGUGACUACCUAAAGUCCAGUGGUGAGGGGGUCUUUGCGUAGUGCUGUUACGUGGCCUUUAAAAAACAUCUUAAAUCACCCAAAGCCACAAUUAUAGGGAACCAAGGCUUCUUCCAUCCAAGCACCAUCCUUCCAGGGGAUUUAUAGAGCCUCAGCCAGAAGGACCAGUCAGUGUCAUUUAAAAUUUUAUUUUAUCUUCUUUCUUUUUUCCUGGAGAAGCAUCAGACUGAUAGGGGAUCCAGCACAGUUCUUACCAGAGUGCUUAGCUCUUGAAAGUGGAUGUGUGCCUUCGGAACCGGUGAAUUGCCUGCUAAUGACACCACUGUUACUAUACAUUCAGAAGUAAUGACUUUUCUGGGAAAUGAUCAUUUCUUGGAUAUAUUUUCUUUGCCAUUUUGGAUAAAAGCUCUGGAAAAGGAUGCCAUGUUUGGACUUUUUUUCCUGCCUGGGGUUCAUUUUGAUCCCCAUUUCUCAGUAUGGUCCUAAAAUCCCAGUGCACAUCUUGAAUUAUUUUUAUCCAAAUGUAAUAUUUAUUUUUUAUUUUUUAUUUUUUUGGUUUUUCUCUGGUACCGGGAACUGAACUCACGACCUUGCGCUUGCCAGGCAGGCGCUUUGCCACUGAGCUAAAUCCCCAGCCCCAAAUGUAAUAUUUAGAUUUAAAAGCUUAAUGCAUCAUUUAGAUGAUAAAUGUACAUCUCAGGAGUGAUGGUGAGCAAGCAAAAGAGAGAGGAGAUCUCCGUCUGUUUGAUGAGCGCCUUAGUUUCCGUAAAAAACACUAUGCAAGAUUUUCCACCUAUUUGAUGAUGUGGAAAGAACAGAAGUAAUCUCCACAAUGGGUUCAGCUCGUUGAAAACUAGCAAGGAAAUACAGUACUUAUGUGUCAGCUAGGAUUGGAAUAGUAUCUUUUUCCCCUCUUAAAGCCCACUGUCUUGGUAGUAGUAAUCAGUCUAGGUUUCUUCCUGAGUUAUUCUGCAAAAUGGAAACAUUUUCAAUAAAGAUUUAUAGAGACUU